UGGUACGGUCCGUUGCCUAGGUGCUGGUAGAAGCCAAUUUACACUGCCAAGCCUGUCCACAGCCGUCCGUAUUUACUCUAAAAGAGCGGACAUGAGAUACUGGAUGGAUUACUCCAGCAAUGUGAGUGCUGAAGUUUGAGGAUCUGCUGAUCUCUGGCGCAUCGUUGGAGCCUGAGUUAGCAGAAAUGUUGUGUGGGAUCAGUACUUCGACUGAUGGAGAUAAAAUUCAUCCCUUACAGACGCUGCUGUGCCAAACUUAAUUUGUAACGAUGGAUAAUAAAGAGGUGUUGACGGAGCUGGACAAGAUUUCUAGGCGGCUCCAGGAGGAUGGCUUAUCGCCAGGGGCCAAUGGAGAAGAGAAGCAGUGCCACCUUUGGCAGCAGCUUCUCAACAGUGAGGCGAAGCUUCAUGCAGCUACCCAAGAGGUGCAGACCCUACGUGUGCAGCAAGCCAAUGAGAUGAAGGAGCUGGAGAGCUAUGUUGCACAUAUUCGUGGGCUGUUAGAAGAGCGAGAGGGCCUGGCUGCAGAAUAUGAAAGACAUAAUGAACAGCUGCAGCAUGAACUUCACCAGAUUCAACACCAGCUGGAGAGUCAGAGCAAGGAGUUGGCAGAGAUGCUGGCUCAGGAGGACCUGGUGGAGAUGGGCUUGACCAGCCCCAGUGAGAUAGUGGCCUAUUUACUGGUGGAGAGGGCCACACUGCUGGAAAGGUUGGAGGCUACUGAGAGGAGACUGGAAAGUCAGAGUCUCAGUGUUAACUUGAAGGAAGUUGACCACCAGGAGUUUAUUUGCCAUAUGAGGGGGGAUGACCUGAGACAGCAAAAGGAGGAUCUCCAGAAGACCUUCAAUAACGCAGUGAAGUGCUCAUCCCAGAGUCCAUGGAAGAAGCUGUUUGGCCUUCGCAGGUCUGGUCAGAGCAAGCACAGUAUUAACCCUGCCCACAGUGAGGAGAUUUCCCAAGAGCGAAAUGAGCGUCAGCGACUGGAACGGGACUUAGAAGAAGCAUCCCGGAGGCUGGCGAUGGCUCAUCAGGAUAUCCGCAGACUCACUAAUGAACUGGAUGCUGCCAAAAACAACAACCCAGACCCAAGCGGAUCUGAGCUUCAGGGAACCGUCCAAGAAGUAGAGAACCUGAGGAAGGAAGUGGAAAAUCUUAAACACUCUGAUGUGAUGAAGUUGCAGCAGGCUAAAGAGCAAAAUGACAAACUAGAUGCUGAGAACAGAGCUCUGAGGGACAGAGUGCGUAUUUUGGAGUCAGAGAAGAAAAAUCUCCUUGACCAGAAUGAUGCAGCCAAAGAAGAUAGAAAAGAUAAAAGUGUUUGCAGUGACCAACAAAACAAUCUGUCUGCUUUAUCAGCUCAAGAAAAAGACCACAUUCACAAACGGUGUCAAGAGGCUGUGGAAGAUGGGCUUGUGCAGGUGAAAGACCUGCAGCGACAACUGCAGAGGCUACGCAAGGAACAUGAAGAGCUGGAGGAGAGGAACGAGGAGCUGGAGGCCUUGCUGGGGGAAGCCCAGAAUGCUAGCAAAGAGGAGAGGCAUCGACAUGAGGGAGAACUCGAGGGCCUGCGAAGAAGGAUCACAAACCUGGAGGCAGAGAUAAAGAAGCAGAAAACCCAAGAGAAAAUGUUGCAGAAUGGAGAAGAGGUCAAAACCACAGAGUCCUACUUAAAGUUGCACCUAAGGAACAGUGGUCAAGAGAGCCUGGCUAUGCUUGAGGCUCGUCUGACUGAGGAGAAAGACUGGAGGAAACAGCUGGAGUUGGACCUCAGUGCUGCACAGGCUGCCCUGAAGAAAGAGAAAGAGGCUUUGCAGAUAAGUGAGCGAGAGCGAAACAAACUGAGACUUGAGAACAACAGCCUUCAUAUAGAAUGCCAACAGGGGAAAACACUCAUCAAGAGUCUCACUCAAGUCAAGGUGGAAAAAACACUUCUGGAAGAAAAGGUCUCCCAGAUGGAGCGUGCCUAUAGCAGACUCCAGGGAGAGCUGCAGUGCUACAAAGACAGUAAGCAGACCCAAGAAGAGAUGAAGGAAAACAUGCUACACGUCAGCCAGCUGCAGGAACAAGCUGACCAGCUUACUGCUGAACUUAGCAGCCUCCAGACAGCACACAACAGCCUGAGAGAUGAGAUGGCUUCUGAGCGGAUGCAGACUGCAGAGCUACAGGCCAGGCUAAGCUCUAGUGUUCAGGAGAAGCUAGCAGCAGAGGGCAAACAGGAGAGAUUGGAGCUGGAGAUCCAGCGCCUCGUUAAGCAGCUUCAGUGGCACCAAGACCAACUAUCCACCACGAAGGAAGUGCUUGGCAGCAGCCAGAAGUCUGAACUGCACAUAGCUCAUUUUGAACCUAGAGUCAGUCCAGUGGAAAACCGCAGAGAAGAGUGCGUGGCUCAGGAGCUGAGUGAUCUACAGAAUAAGCUAGAGAAGGAGCGGCAGCAGGGUCUUGAGCACAAAAUGGCCCUCGAGGCUCAGGUCAAUGAAGCCCAGGCACAUAUUAAGUCCCAAGAUUCGGUGCUGAAGCAGAAGACAGAAGAAGCUAAACAAAUGAAGCAAGACCUGCAGAGGGCCCAGAGCCUGUUUACCUCAGCGGAGAAAGAGUUACGCUAUGAGAAAGAGAAGAACUUGGACCUGAAGAGACACAACACGCUGCUGGAUCAGGAAAAACUCAAGCUUAGUGCAGAAGUGAAGCAGGUCCAGACAAAGCUGGUACAGAUGGAGCAGAAAGUCACUGGUCAGGCGGCCGAGUGUGAACAUCAGCAGCAGAAAAUCAGGCAAUUGGAGCUGGAACUGGCUCGUAGCUCCGCAAACCGCAAUGCCACUACUAGUCUGCAGGGGGACCUCCAGGCUGAGAGGGCACGACUCAUCGCUGCUGACAAGAAGGUCCUGGAACUACAACAGCAGCUUAAGUCUGUCCAGCACCAGCUGCGUGUGGAGGAAGCUCGUGCAGGCGAGACCAACCGCUUGGAGAGGGAAAGCAGGGAUCUAUCUGACGCCUUGUUAGCUCUGAGAGCCCAGCAGCAGGAAGAGCACAUCACCAGGAAGCUGUUAGAACAGCGCGAGGAGGAGCUGCAGCAACAGGUUCGCUCCUUGAGGCAUAAGGAGGCCUCAUUGACCAGGACAAAUGCAGAGCUCAGCCACCGUGUCCAGCAGCUGGACACCCGUCUAUCCGUCCUGGAGGCUGAGCUUAGCAAUGCUAGAGAGGAGGGAAAGGACAGCCAGGCGUCACGUCAAAAGCUGCAGGAGGAGCUGUUGGCCAGUCAGCAGGAUUGUAAAGGACUGCAGGAUGAGCUGCAGCAGGUUCUCCUCCAACUCGACGUGCAUGUCAGAAAGUACAAUGAAAAACAGAGUCAACACAAGACCAAACUGCGUCAGGCCAAGCAGGUGUUUCUAAAGUCAACCGAACAGAGAGACAGCACCAUCCAGAAACUGGAGAAUGAUCUCGAGCUUGCUUCUAUGCUUUCUCAGAAGGACAAAGAGAGGAUCCAGUUAGUGAUGGAAGUCAAUGAGAAGCUUUUGGAGGAGAAGAGGGAACUGGUGCAGAAGAUAAUUGAGGCCGAGGAGAUGGGCAGCAAGGCCAUGAAGACCGCCUCAACAGUCCAAUAUAGGGUUAACCUCUUAGAAGUGGAAAACAAACAACUGCAGGACGAAACCUUGAAACUCUCCAAUCAAGUCAGUUCUUUAGAGCGUGCUCUGAGGAAUGUCCAGUCACUCUACAGCAUGGAGAAUGCCAGAAAAAUGCUUCCCACUGAUGCUCUCACUGACAGCAUCCUACAUACGUCUGCACUAAGUUUGACGUCAGGUUCUGGUAACAAACUGGGCGUCCUGGAUGCAAUCUGUCGGGUGAAGGUGGACGAUGGUGUGCUGGCAGAUGGCACCCGGACACCUUUCACCAUACACCAACCUUCAGAGCAGGGAUACCUGAAUCUCACUUCCCCAUUGAUUCCUCUAGCCUCUGCCAAAGGGGCGGAGGAGAGCUCUAAAAGCAGUGACCCGGUAUAAGAAAUGGUACGAUGUCUGUCUUCAUCUACAGGGAAAAAUCUGUGUAGAAGUAAUGAAUAUAUAUUAUAUAUAGAAUCCAAAUUAUCCUUGUUAAAAGAGUAAUAAUGAAAGGGAGCUUCCACUACAUUUCUGCUCAGGACGGUGUCUACGUUUGAUGUGUUAGCAGGUUCUUCUUUGGCUGGGAGGUACAUGUGUAUAUAUCAAGUCAGAUUUUGAAAGAGGGAAAAUUUGGGGGGUUUGUAAAAAAACAAAAAAUGCCUGUGCUAGUGUCAAUACGAUAUUUUUAUUACAUAUUUUCAAGGGGCAUUAUCUAAAAGGAGAUUUGACUUGGUAGCUGAAGAAGUGAAUCGAUUUUGUAAAAAAAUCUAAGCCGUCUAAAUAUUUAAAAUCACAUUAGUGCUUUUCACGCUAAUGCAGUGAAUGUCUCUUCAUGAGGAAUAUUUGAAUGGUACUAGUUUAAACUGAGCACUUUACAAGAUGUUUAACUCGUGUUUACAUUUGGGGAAAGUGUGGGCUAUUAAAGGUAUGCAUUUUCCCCAAUUAAAUUUAACCUUGGCAGUGUUCUGAUGCCGGUGAGUGCGAGCGUGUGCUGGUGGAUGGUGCCCGGACACUUUUCUCCACACACCAACCAUCAGGGAUACCCGAGUCUCUCUUCCACAUUGAUUCCUCUGGUCUCUACCAAAGGCACAGAGGUGAUAGUAAUGAAUGUUUCAAAGACAUUUUAAAAAGAAUAAGCAUUUUUAUAAAUGUAAAAAAAUCGUACUCAUUUCAUAUCAACCAUAAAGACAGACUCAAGAUAGACAAGGCGGACUCACUUUUUCGUUUAAUUAGAGAUUGCCAUACACUGAAAGUAAAUACUGGACUCUGUUCAGAGAUGAGUACUUGCUACAAUCAGUGCUUUAUUUACUAUUUAUAGUUUUAUUUUAGUCUGCAAAGUCACACAAUUCCAGGCAUUUUUUUCCUCUUUUUUUACACUUUUUUUUCUGUUCUCCAAGGACCCGCUGUUUAAGGUAUUUGUGCUUUAGUCACAAAGACGAUCAGCAGUAAGACUUUAGCAAUUUGCACAUGGUAUUAAAUACAGGUUUUGUAUCCACCGUUAUACAGUGUCUUUUUGUUUUUUGUCUUCAACGUGCCUGAAAUGACGAAGUGUGAAUACAUCUGAUAACAAAAACGACAUGGGAACAAUGAGAUGUAGUCAAUAAGAAACUUUCACUCCUGUUGUAUUUGUACAAAUGCAUUUUUAAAAAAAGCUAUUUUCAUAAAUAAAGACUGAU